AUGCCUCAAAAUCAAAAUAGCGUGUUCAAGAGUUUAUCAAAAUCAGUGUAUCGAGAUAACCCAGAUGUUUCAGAUGUUGAUGAUUCUACUCACGGACUACAUUAUUUCCGCGUAGCAAUGUAUAUCCCAUUUUUGGAUACAAUUCCUGAGCAAUUGCAAUUUCAAUUUAAUGAAAAAACGGCGUUUGCUGGGUUGUUUGAUCCGCUGCUUCCAGCUUACUAUGCAAAGAAUGGUGCAGUGGAAGAAGAGUUCAUGCAGCUUUAUAGAAACUAUUCUCAAUCUCUUCAUGCUAACAAUGUUAUGCCUCAUGAUACUAGUGGCAUGAAUGCCUUAGCGCAGUACCGAUUGUGGGUUGCUAAAUGGAAGAUAGGGUUUUCCAGUUCAACUGAUUCACCAACUGAUCACAUAGCAACGUUAUCAUUUUGCGAUCCCAAUGUUUUUCAAAGCACUUACGCCCUUUUAACUAUUGCCAGCAUCUUGCCCAUAUCAACAGCAACCGUUGAGCGCAGUUUUUCUUCUCUAAGGCUUCUCAAGACAUAUUUGCGUCAUCGAACAACUCAAGAUCGUUUGAAUGCCUUGGAGAUGAUGUAUAUCUACGAUACCGAACCAACUGAUGAAGACCGAGUUAUCGAAAUUUUUGCCAGUAUGAAAAAUCGACGUUUGUUGUUAUCAUUUAAUCGAUUUAACUCGGACCUCAGUGGUUAA